UGGAAUGGAAACCCUAAUCGAACCGAAUCGAAUCCUCCAGUCCAGAUCAAAACAAGGGAGCAUGGCGUCGUCCUCUGCUGUGAGCAGGCGCGGCGACGCGGGCGGCGUCCUGGCUGCGAUCUCGCGGUCCUCGGUGGCGGCGCACGGCCGCGAGGCCGCGGCGGUGGCGGGGAAGCUGCUGCGGAGCACGGGGAAGGCGGCGUGGAUCGCUGGGACGACCUUCCUGGUGCUGGUCGUGCCGCUCAUCAUCGAGAUGGACCGCGAGCAGCAGAUGGUCGAUCUCGACCUCCAGCAGCAGGCUCUUCUCGGCUCGCCGCCGCCCCUCGCCAAAUAAAUCCCUCCUCUUUCGUCCGCCCGUCUUUGUUCCCUGCCGAUGCGGUCACAUUUCGUUUUGCUAGUAUCAUAAGUUGUCGAGAAUUUUAUCACUAGUCUAUUUUGGGGGAGAAAGAUCAUGCCUUGUUGUGACUGCUCCUGCUCGGUACGAUUAACGCAAUGUCACCGACUUGUCUUGAACUCAGACUCAGUCCUGUGAUACACUAGUGUUUGUUUGUGAUGCCUAUUUAGAUACAUACUCGGAGUUACAUA